GGCCAUUUCUUACAGCUGUCGAUUUCUCAUGGCAACCAAUGGCUACGUGUUUUAUUGGGCCGUCAUAUAAUUGUAUAUACAAUGACCUGCGCCCAUACAUCUAGCCAUGCAUGAAUUAGCAUCCAGAAUCUUCGUGACGUCAGAGCGGAGGUGUGAGCACCGGGAAACUGACAUCACUGCAGCCUCUGCCGGCUGGUCCUCCAGGUGGAGCCGCUCUAUCCCGAGCCUCUGUCGUUGAUCCUCCGUCUGUGACCUCUGACCUCGACGGGGAGGCCUGCGCUGCCCGGGGCUGCGAUGUGAAUGUGACCGGGGUGGAAGCGGCUACAUGACGGCUGUGGGUGAGAGGGGAGGGCCGCCGGGGAAGGGGCCGCGGCGGCCGCAAUGCUGCUAAUGACAGGAGCAGACAUGUAUGGAUGCGUGGAUACAGGAUGUUUAUCAUGUAGUCCACUCUGGCCUCGCUGGAUCCAGGUCAUCAAGCAAAUAAUGAGACUUGUAGCUGGGACCUGUAGACCCUAAACACGCAAAGAAGAUUCUUCACCCAUGGCAACAUCAAGAGGGAACCUAAUGCACUGAUAUCAUGGGAAGCUGCUGCAGCUGUCGAGAAGGACUCCCAGACAAUCACCCCACCAAGUUUAAAGUCACCAACGUGGAUGAUGAGGGGACAGAACUGGGUUCUGGUAUCAUGGAACUAACGCAGACUGAGCUCGUCCUACACACCCGCAAGCGGGAUGCUGUCAGGUGGCCAUACCUGUGUCUACGCCGCUAUGGAUAUGAUUCUAAUCUCUUCUCCUUUGAGAGUGGGCGGCGGUGUCAAACUGGUCAGGGAAUAUUUGCGUUUAAAUGCAGCCGGGCUGAAGAAAUAUUUAACCUCCUGCAAGAACUAAUGCAGCGAAACAGCAUCAGUGUAGUAGAAGAGCCAGUUAUGAUCACCAGGACUGGACAUCCAGUGGAAAUGGACAUGUCUCGUACCCCCCAGACCCCUGGAGCUUUGGGAUACACAGGUUUUCCCAAUGGGUUUCAUAAUUUUCCUCGGGAUGGACCAUCUUACCCAUCUGUACGCCACCCAUCAAUGGGAAACCUGAGGCACCCUUCUCAUGGAGAGGAAUCUGCGCAUGGCUUGAUUACACCAGAUGACCAGUCGCAUACCUAUGUGAAUACAGCCAAUGGUGAAGAGGAAACAGGUGGGCGACAUUGCAUGCACUCUUUGCCUGAGGCACAUGCGCCAUACCAUGAGCCACCAAGGCACAUGCUUGGCUCAGGUUGCUCCAUUGAAGAACGUAAUCCCCAGGUCUUUUUGCAACCAGGAGAAGUGAAGUUUGUGCUUGGACCAGCACCAGCCUAUAGACGAAUGCCUCUAAGGGCAGACAGCUUCUGUAGACACCACAGGGACUGUCAGGGCCAUGUCUGUGCAGGUGACAGAGAAGCAAUACCACCGCACAACAAUAACAAUGAAUGCAAGGAUCAGUGGGGAUCACACAAGUGUGCAUAUGAAAAUAUCAAUGGCCUAGUACCACCAGGAAGUAUAGCUGUUCGUAGGGGGACUGGGAGCAGGGGCCUCAAGUUGUCGGCGGAAGGUCUGCCAUACAACAGCUGCUCACAUCGCAGGACGGCAAUGUUACACUAUGAGAAUCUGCCCCCCCUACCCCCCGUUUGGGAGUGCCGAUCCAUGCACCCUGUUGAAGAUGAUGAAGAUGACGAAGAGGAGGAGGAUGAUUCUGCAGAUACUAUGACUCCAUCACUUAAUGGUUACCAUGAUGACCCUGUUCAAAACUAUGUGAAUGCUGAGAGCGCCACUGCAUGUGGUGGUUACCACCACCAUCGUCCAGACUGUCAGCCACAUAGGAGCUGCCCAUCUAAUGUCUUCAGCUUUGAUUUCCGACGGCCACGUGCAGAGCAAAGGCAACUCAACUAUAUCCAGGUGGAGCUCGAGGGGAAGGGUGAGGGCAAAGGGAGACAAAUCCCUCAGAUUACUUGUACCCCAGCUCCAAAGCAUCCGCCUCGUUGUGGAGACUCUUAUGCUGUCAUUGACCUCAAAAAGACAGCUGCUAUGUCCAGCCUACAGAGAGCUAUGCCCCGGGAUGAUGGCACCUCAAGAAAAACCCGACAUAAUAGCACGGACCUUCCCCUGUAAAUUAUACUGGUUUUAGUGUUGUCUCUGAUCUUUUACAAAAGCCAUCUCUACGGCUCUUUGUUUCCUAUAUCUCCUUACUGUAGUUUGUGCAGGUUCUGUUUGUUCCUCUACAGAGCAAACCUUCUAAUACUGAACAGAAUGUGAACACUCGUUUAUCAAGAGGAGAAAAAUGGAGGGAUGGUUAACAGCUACACAAGUAUCCUCCAUAUAUUUCCUCUGUACAACUGUGGCCACCUGAACGUCUGACUUAUGACUGCGACCAUGUUGGCAUCUUGAUGAAAAUGUUCUUGUUGAGUGAAAUUUUUGUGCUUAUUUUUAACAUUCAUUUUGCUUUUUAAUUUAUUUUUGUAUUACUGUUGCAUUUGUAGAUGCCAUUUUCUGCAUUUACUGAUUAAUUUAUUUAACUUAUUUUUCUAUUUAUUUUUGUAAACAUCCCAUGCUAUAUUGUGCCCUAAAAAAUCAUACUGGCUUUGAAGCAAAUGCUUAAGGUCCCUAUUCUGACCAAUGUGCUUUAUGGAUUUGAACUUUGUACCUCUUGUGAGAACAUCAGGACAUUAGCAUGUGACAAACUAAGAAAUGUAUAUACCCCUUGAUUGCAUUGUCGCAUAAUAUAGGUUAAUAUUGAAAAAAAAGCCGUCAUCCGCAUUUGAA